UAUCCAUUCAAGAUCUUUAAGAACACCUGCUUCGUUAAGGGAAUGUUCAACACGGUACUGGAGGUAGCUAAGUUUGAAGGGGCGGCUGUACGAUCAGUGUCAGGAAUCAGGGGUCAGAUCAAGAAGGCUCUGUCUUCACCAACGGGAGCUUUCAGAGCCACAUUUGAGGACCGGUUGCUCAUGAGUGACAUUGUAUUUCUGCGCUCCUGGUAUCCAGUGUCUGUUCCUCAGCUCUACAACCCCGUCACCUCUCUGCUGCUACCGGCGGGUCAGAAGGACAGCUGGGCAGGCAUGAGAACCCUCGGGCAGCUCAAACGCGACCUGGGGAUCCACAACCAACCGAACCCCGACUCUCUGUACAAGCCGAUAGUGCGAGCGAAAAGGCACUUCAAUCCACUUCAUAUUCCCAAGGAGCUUCAGAAGGCCCUCCCAUUCAAGAGCAAACCCAAGCAGCAGCAGCCAAAAGGAAAGACCCCCAGAGACCUGCAGAGGCCCAGCGUAAUCCGAGAGCCCCACGAGAGAAAGGUGGCAGCACUACUUCAAGCUCUCAGCACAGUCCACAAUUACAAGAGGAAGAAGGCUCAUUCAGUGCAGCAUGCCCAAACACAAAGAGUUCCUUCAGCAAAAGGAGAAGGAUGA